UGAGAACCGGUCGCCGGUGUUGUAAUGUAAGAAACAGUGAACUGCUAUCAGAGUUUAUUGUUAGUAUUUGGAAGAAUAGUAAUUUGUAUGCUAGAAUGGCUUCGUUUCAGCAAGAUUGUUUGUUGCGAGAUGAUCCAGCAUUUAAAAAAUUGCAAGAUUAUUAUGACAGAAACGGAUCUAAAAUCAAUAUGUUGCAACUAUUCAAUGAGGACCCAGACCGAUUUAAGAAGUUUAGCCUCAAUGUUAAGACUGCUGUGGGAGAAGAAAUUUUGUUUGACUUUUCCAAGAAUUUGAUCAAUGAUGAAGUUCUACAGUUGCUUUUAGAAUUGGCAAAGUCUCGAAAAGUUGAAGCUGCAAGAGAUGCCAUGUUUUCAGGAGAAAUAAUUAACUUCACUGAGAAUCGUGCUGUACUACACAUUGCUCUUAGAAAUAUGGCAGGAACUUCAAUUAUUAUAGAUGGUCAAGAUGUAAUGCCGGGUGUUAUGAGAGUCCUUAAUCACAUGCGAGAUUUUACAGAUUUUGUUAGGAAUGGAGAAUGGAAAGGAUAUACUGGAAAACCAAUCACUGAUGUUGUCAACAUUGGAAUUGGAGGUUCUGACUUGGGACCUUUGAUGGUGACUGAAGCACUGAAGGCAUAUUGCUGUGGGCCAAAUGUUCAUUUUGUUUCCAAUAUUGAUGGUACUCACUUAGCAGAAACAUUGAAACAUCUGAAUCCAGAAACUUCUCUUUUCAUUAUUGCCUCCAAGACAUUUACAACUCAGGAAACUAUUACCAAUGCACAGUCGGCUAAAACCUGGUUCCUACAACAUGCCAAGGAUGACACUGCAGUAGCUAAGCAUUUUGUUGCUUUAUCAACCAAUGAGCCAAAGGUGAAAGAAUUUGGGAUUGAUGAAAAGAACAUGUUUGAGUUUUGGGAUUGGGUUGGAGGAAGGUACUCUUUGUGGUCAGCAAUUGGCUUGUCUAUUGCUCUGCAUAUAGGAAUGGACAAUUUUGAACAACUUCUCACAGGAGCUCACUUCAUGGAUCAACAUUUCAAAAAUAUGCCUCUGGAAAGAAAUGUUCCUGUGUUGCUGGCCUUAUUAGGAGUUUGGUAUGGCAACUUCUAUGGAGCUGAAAGCCAUGCACUUCUCCCUUAUGAUCAAUACCUUCAUAGGUUUGCUGCCUACUUCCAACAAGGGGACAUGGAAUCUAAUGGAAAGUAUGUUACUCGUAGUGGUGCUAUAGUGAACUACACAACAGGACCUAUUGUGUGGGGUGAACCAGGAACAAAUGGGCAACAUGCAUUUUACCAACUAAUCCAUCAAGGCACCAGGCUGAUUCCAUGUGAUUUCAUUGCUCCUGUUAAGACACUGAAUCCUAUCAGUGAUGGACUUCAUCAUGAGAUUCUUCUGGCUAACUUUUUGGCACAAACAGAAGCUCUGAUGAGGGGAAAGACCAAGGAAGAAGCUGAGACGGAACUCACCAAGGCUGGCCUAGAUGGAGAACAACUUCAGAAGAUCCUUCCACACAAAGUUUUUGAAGGAAACAAGCCAACUAAUUCAAUCAUGAUUCCAAAGCUAACUCCAUUUAAUCUUGGUGUUCUUAUUGCAAUGUAUGAACAUAAAAUCUUCACUCAAGGAAUUAUCUGGGACAUCAAUUCGUUUGAUCAGUGGGGGGUGGAGCUUGGAAAACAGCUGGCUAAGGUGAUACAACCUGAACUAAAGGGAAAAGAUCCUGUGUCAACCCAUGAUUCAUCAACAAAUGGUCUUAUAAAUUUCAUCAAAAGUUUCAAUUAAUAUGUUGUUUACUUUUCUGCUUAUAAAGAGGAAUAGGUGAAUGGCUACAACACAUAUUGUCAAAAAUACAAAGUGGAGUGUUGGAAAAAAUGUACUGCUGAAAAUUAUAAAUACCCCAGUAAAAAUGUAAAAAGAAAUUAAUAUUGUCAACAUUUUUGUCAUUUAGUUGCUUAAUAAUUACAGAAUGUCAUUAUACUAGAAACUUAUUU